AUGAUGGCUGAUCCACAGAUACGCAUUUUACUCCUUUCUUUGGGCGAGCUUAGGGAAGUGGAUGGACACCUCCUGUCUUCCCUGCGAGCCAAAGCGUAUGUCGAAGAAGUAACUUGGGAUACCGAUGCCCUAGAACGUCUCACUGUGCCUUCUAAGUUCAAGGCCGUCAUUGUUACAGAUGCAGCAGUCACUGUACAUGGCAAGGUACUCGCGAGGCUUGUGGAAUAUGCUGGCUCUGGCGGCGUUGUCGUGUUCGCAUGUCGCUUUAGCUCCUUCGGUGGUCGGCUAGAUAUGAACGCUAUGUGGAAGUACGUGUGGAGCCUUCCGUGGACCUCGGUGUCGUACCGUCGAACUACCUUCACUCUGAACACUUCUGUGGCAGGCAUGGACCUGGCCGACUUGGUGCAUGCGUACAGCAUGAAAGCGGUCCAACUAGACCACGUUCCUUCAAACGCUGCUCUGUAUCUCCGCGCUUCCGAGUCUAGUAUCGAAUCCCAUGUGUUUGCCUCUGAUCCUGUCCAAAAUUCGACCGAAACUCCUGUUGCUUUUACGUCCUUUGGGAGUGGCCGUGUCGGCUAUGUUGGAGAUGUCAAUUAUGAGGAAGAAUCUUUGGCAGUUAUCCUUGCAAUGUGUCUCUCCGAAACAGUGUCUCAAAAUCAGAAUGCUACCGGACUAAACCCGCGAAGUGUGAAUGGAAAACCAAUUAUACUUAUGCUCUCGCUUGAGAAAGAAUCCUGGUUCGAGGAGUCCUAUUCACAGCUGUACUCAGCUUUGACUAAGAACGCCAUGCUUCACGAAGCGCAGACUGUCCGCUCAGCCACUCUCCUCCUAUACCCCUCCGCUCCUCCGCUGCCCUCUGCUGUCCUUGUCACUGAUGCAGCCAUCACGUCGUCUGCCUAUCUUAGCCUUCAAUACCGACUCAUCGAGUAUGCAAAGGCUGGGGGACGCGUUAUCCUUGGCUGCGAGUUCAGCAAUCAUCUCCAACUAGGCAGUGCUGCUUCCUUUUUCGCGCGAUGGGGCUUAACAUGGGACGCAGGCGUGUACUACCGCACGACGUUCUCCGUCAAUCCAGCUGGCAUACCUGCCCCUCUUUCCGGCACCGCACUCUUCGCCGAGUACAGUAUGAAGGCGCUGCACGUUAAGAACAUAUCACGGGAAACAGCUGUGUACAUUCCCACUAUACAGUCGCACAUCGAGUCUCACGUAUUUCCUGCCACUCCGAUCACCGGCGCUCAACUGGAGCAGAGUCCGGCGAUGUUCGUGCGUAUCGGAGAUGGGUACCUUGGAUAUGUUGGAGAUGUGAACGGGGAGCAGCAGACUAUCCGUCUGCUUUUGGAAAUGUGCGGCGUCCAGGUAAAACCUGGUGAUUUCGGCACAAGGGAUCAUGUUACAGGAAUAAGGAUGGAGCCUGACGGGACGAUGGACGCCAUGCAUGAGCAACAGGCCGAGCUUCCUCUGCCUGUUUUCCAGGAACGGCAUGGAGGGCAUUCGCGAGCCGCAGAGGCUGCACGAUCUACAGAGCCUGUACAGCCACCACAGUCUGUACGACCUGUGCGAACUGCACGUCCUAGGGAUUCAGAAGUGGCUACACGGGCAGCCAAACGUUUGGCUCAUUCAAACCAGCAGCGGGCCAUCGCAGAGCGGUUGAAAGAAGAGGGUAACAACUUCUUCAGGGCCCAGGAAUGGGCUGGGGCUGCAGAUAAAUACCGUGCAGCUGCAUUUGCCCAUGGCCCACGGCCUGUGUAUAUGACUAAUCUUGCUGCGGCGUUACUGAAGCUCGAGCAAUGGGUUGAAGCUGAGAGUGCAGCGGACAGAGCACUACGGUACGAACCCAAGAAUAUCAAGGCUCGUUUUCGCAGGGGCGUAGCACGCAAGGAACGUGAAGAAUACGCAGAUGCUAUUCGAGACUUCUACAGCGUACUUAGGUUGGACCCAAACAACAGCGAAGCACACGCAGAACUCACGGAAACGCUCGCUCUUUCCGCCAUCGAUCAUGAAGAUCCUCUCAAUGGCGAUGUCGAUGACAUGCGUUCUGAGGACAGGGAUGCAUACUCGGACGUCAUCACCGAGUCAGACUCACCGGAAUUCACCAUGACGGGACCAGGCUACAAGUGCCCGUGCAAGUUCUACAACAAUCAAGGCUGCAGGAAGGGGAUGCAGUGCCUAUUCAAGCAUGCCCCAGAUGAGAGGAGCGUUAGGGAUGAACUUGGCCGUAAUGUGUGCAAAAUGUGGUUGCUGAAUGCAUGUCCGCGAAGUACAUGCUACUAUGCGCACGACAAGACGUACCUCCCGGUGCGAGGUUGGUGGACACACGAGCAGCGUCUCACAGAAAUGCGCAGCUAUGCACGAGACCUCGUGACUUUGAAUUGGGGUCUGAACCCGAAGGAAGUCGAGAAGAUGGUUAACAUGCGUUGGCCUAGCUGGCGGCUGGAUAUGUGGGCCCUAGUGGAGUCGUAUCGGGACGAUUACGAUCCAGAGGAGGACUUUUCUGACGAAGAAGCAUUGAUAGAGGAACGGAUGGAAAAUUUUGGUUUCACUGGGGAUGAUUUACAAGAGUUACUGUGCCAAGGAGUGAAGCCAUGGGACGACGAUGCUUGGGAUGUUUUGGAUGCAUUGCGAAACAUGUAG